AUGCAACUGCGGCUCGGUCAACCUCUUUUGAGGCACGGUUACCCAUCUCGAGAUUUCGAGGCAACCACAAACUUUCGAACACGUCUCAUCGUUUGUCCUAAAAUCGAAAUGUCUGGUCGAGGAUUUUCUGUCUACGUCGGAAACGCUGCCUACCAAACUACGGAGCAGGAGCUCGGAGACUAUUUCAGCUCGGUCGGACAAGUUACCAACGUCAAAAUCGUCUGUGACCGCGAGACUGGGCGUCCAAGAGGAUUCGCAUUCGUCGAGUUCGCUGAUGAGGCUUCAGCUCAGAAAGCUUGCGAGCAGCUCAAUGGAGCCGACUUCAAUGGAAGACAACUUCGCGUGAACCUUGCCUCCAAAUAA